ACCGGUUGCUUGAAGGAAGGCAAUAAACGAAACUUAACUUUUCCGGCCCGGCACUUUACCUGGUUUUCAAAAUUAACCACUGCGAUAUCAAGUGGGGAAGAAAACAUAGUAUCUACAAGAGGAAAGUCAACCUUAAAACCUACAUCAUCAUGGCACACUACAGACCUUCGGACACCAAAAGGGAGCAGUUUCGGAGAUACUUGGAGAAAGCUGGUGUUGUUGACAGUCUUACCAGUGUACUCGUGGCUUUGUAUGAACAACCUGAACGGCCCAACAAUGCUCUGGAAUUUGUGAAGCAGCAUCUCGGUGCCGCUGGACAGAUUUCAGCAGACACUGAGGCUCUGCAGCAGGAGGUGAUUGACCUGAGGCAGAGAUGUGCACGUCUGGCAGAGGAAAACAAAGACCUCAAGACAAGGCUGCAGCGCCAUGAACCCGUGUCAGAAGAUGGAUCCACAGCUGAGUAGAUGACAGCAGAGCUUUGGUUUGAUGAAUGUAUUUUUUGUUGAUAUUACUGGGACUUUGAAUUUCAAGACGACACUGUUAAGUGAAAGCCAAGAUUUUUUAUAUAACUGUGCUGUUUUUUGUAAAUCCUAGUUUCUACUUUGUUUCUUAGAAUCUAACUUAUUCUGUACAUGUGUGUAUAUAUAAGUUUUUGUCUUGUUCAUUGAGACUUUACUAUAGCUUUACUGAGAGAGUGCGCUCUGGAUGACUGGGCAAGUCAUUUCUUAAGACACGAGAUGUAUAAUUUUUUUUUUUGAGAGGCCUAUGAAAGAGUUCCAUAACCAGCUGAUCAUUUUCUUUUCUGGCAUUGUGAUAAACAAACAAAAUUUCCAGAUCCACAUGACAUAGUAUGUGAUAAAGACACGUACACUUUAUUUUUGAAAGAUCUGGUCUAAGUGAACAUUUGUAAAAAAUCUCAAAAAUGUCAGUCACUUGCAAAAUAAAGCACAGUAUUGUAA